ACUUAUUUCAAGUUUUCUUCUCUACUCUUCUCCGAGGAGCCUCGUGCUUCGUGCCCACUGCAUUUUCUCUUUCUCUCUGUUUCUCAACUAACAGUAACAAAUAGAAUUUCAUUACUUCAAUACUCCUCGCCCACCUCACUGCUAACUCCCUCUAUUGCUCGUUAUUACUCGCUCCUACUCACAUAACUCGUGCCACCACUUCCUCUGCCGGAAAUAAUGGUUAUAAGGCACGGUGGAGUAGGAGGCGGUGGAUUUCUAGCGGGAAGGCAAGUGGUUCCGGUGAACUACGAAGCGGAUGUAUCGCAGCGGCUCAUUGACGCCUCACUUUGUAAUGAUUUGAAUUCGGUUACCGAAUGCCUCUCCGAUCCGUUCGUCGAUGUGAACUAUGUCGGCGCUGUGUACUUGAAGAUUCGUAGGACCUCUAUCGUUUUGCGAGAGGAGUCGCCUAGCGAAGUGCGCGUCGACUACGACGAGUUUCGCACUGAUGUUACGGCGUUGUUUGUUGCUGUUGCUAAUGAUAACCUGGCGCUCGUGAGAAAAUUACUGUGUGCUGGAGCUGAUGUCAACCUACAAUUGUUUCGGGGUUUUGUGACUGCAGCAGCUGCCAGGGAAGGCAACCAUGAGAUCAUGGAGAUCCUACUCAAGGCCGGGGCAUCCCAACUGGCUUGUGAGGAAGCAUUGUCCGAGGCCUGCAACCAUGGGAACUCGAGCUUAAUAGAGCUACUUAUUGGAUCUGAUCUUAUCAGGCCACGUGUUGCUGUUCAUGCCCUUGUCACAGCAUGCUGUAGAGGCUUUGUUGAUGUGGUGGACACCCUAAUGAAGUGCGGAGUGGAUGCCAAUGCAGCUGAUCGCAUUUUGCUUCAAUCUUAUAAACCUUCUCUGCAUACAAAUGCUGACUGUACUGCACUUGUGGCUGCUAUUAUCAGUAGGCAGAUCUCUGUUGUCCAGUUAUUACUUGAGGCUGGUGUCAGAACUGAUAUCAAAGUGCAACUUGGGGCAUGGUCAUGGGAUACGGCUACAGGCGAGGAAUUGCGGGUGGGCGCAGGGCUGGGCGAGCCUUAUCCAAUCACUUGGUGUGCUGUGGAAUAUUUUGAAGCGACUGGCUCUAUUCUGCAGAUGCUCCUUCAACACAUUUCCCCCAACGUUCCUCAUUUUGGAAGAACUCUUCUCCAUCAUGCUAUUCUCUGCAACAGUGGAGGUGCCGUGGAAGUUCUUCUAAAAUCUGGUGCUGAAAUAGAAGCACCCGUCAAAACCACCCGAAGGAGUGAUACUCGACCUAUUCAUAUCGCAGCACGCCUCGGAUCGUCAAAAAUACUUCAAACUCUGAUUGACUACGGCUGUGACAUCAACUCCACAACAGCCACUGGCGACACAGCUCUAAUCAUCUCUGCAAGAUACAAGCACGAUGAUUGCAUCCAUGUCCUGGCAAAAGCAGGCGCUGACUUCGGCAUGGUCAACAAAGCUGGUCAAUCCGCAAGCUCCACCGCUCGCUCCAGUCAAUGGCACCUCGGUUUCCAGCAAGCUCUGCUCCAUGUAAUUCGAGGUGGAACCGUACCCAUCUCCUCCAACGCCUCUGUCUUUUCGCCUCUUCUAUUCGUCGCCCAAUCUGGCGACGUCACGUGCCUGAAAGCUCUGAUUGGCCGUGCAGACAUCAACAUAAACAUCAACCAGCAGGACGAGAAAGGUUUCUCCGCCGCCAUGUUCGCCGCAAUUGAGGGCCAUGUUGAUGCUUUCCGUUUGCUUGUCUAUGCUGGGGCUGAUGUCAAGCUAUGCAACAAAUCAGGCGAAACUGCCCUCACACUCAUCAGACUCACUAAAAGAAGAGAUGUAUUCGAAAAGGUGAUGCUCGAAUUCGCUCUGGAGAAGGGCAACCGACUUGCCGGCGGAUUUUACGCCCUGCAUUGCGCUGCGCGCUGCGGAGGCAUAGACGUCGUCAAAUUACUAACAAGGAAGGGCUACAACGUAAAUGCCUGUGAUGGCGAUGGCUACACUCCACUUAUGCUGGCAGCCAAGGAAGGCAACGGUAAAAUGUGCGCUCUCCUCAUAUCAUUGGGAGCACAGUUGGACAUGAAAAACUCCAAAGGCGAAUCCGCACUAUCAAUUGCUAGACAGUUUGGUAAUAAGCAGAAUGAAGCUGAAGAGGUUAUCCUAAAUGCCUUAGCACGCAAGCUGGUGUUGGGUGGGUCGUGUGUGAAAAAGCACACCAAGAAAGGGAAGGGAGCUCCACACAUGAAGAUCCUCAAAAUGGUAGAAAUAGAAUCCACAGGUAUUCUUCGAUGGGGAAACUCAAACCGCCGCAGGGUUACAUGCCAACACGCGGAGGUUGGGCCGAAUUUAGAUUUCGAGAAGAAUAGGCUGCGGAAGGGCGCCUGUGAUGGCAACGAGCCUGGAAUUUUUCGUAUUAGGACCACUAAGAAUAAGGAAGUACAUUUUGUGUGCGAUGGAGGAGCUGAAAUGGCUGGGCUUUGGGUGCGAGGGAUAAGGCUUGUGACAGGUGAGUCUGUUUUUGGCAUUUGAACAUAUUUUAUUUUGAAUAUAGAUAUUCAUUUAGGAAGAGAUUUACAGUCACGUAGUACAGUACAAUAGUAAAGAUGUAGUACAUGCUAUUAGUAGUAGUAGCAGUACUUGGAGCACUGGGACGUUUAUAUUUGCAUAUUGCCAUAUGAAUUGGGGUACGGCAACCAUAAAUAGGCCCUUUCUUGCCACCAUAUUCUACCUUUCAAUCUGUUGAUAUCAAUUGUUGGGUUAGGCCCAUUUUUAAUUUGGGCUCCAAGUGGAUGAGUCGAAAUAUUGGUUGAAAAACAUACUACUCCAUAACGGGUAACAAAUAAAUAAUUAAUUAACUUGCCCUAGAUUAAUAAGAGCACUUGAUUUUGUUUGGUUUUAAUUGGAAGGUGCAGAUUUAGAAAGCACAUUAUUAUUAUUAUUAUUGAUUUUGUA